AUGACAGCGGCCCGCGAGAAGACCUCAAAACAUCAACAUAAAAACAUGCGUUUCAGCCAGGUGGCCCCUCAUUUCCAGCCAUGCGCAAACCCGCUGGAGAGCGAGGACGGACAGCAAAUGAGCGAGGUGCGCUCCCCGAGUUCGGGGCCCUCCAGUCCCAUGUCUGUCCACUCGGAGUCCAGCUGCGCCAGUCCAGAGGCAAAGUCCGCCCCGGCGCAGCAGAGGGUCAGAAGGCCGCUGAACGCCUUCAUCAUCUGGACCAAAGAGGAGCGCAGGCGGCUGGCGCAGCUCAACCCAGACCUGGAGAACACGGAUCUCAGCAGAAUACUUGGAAAAACAUGGAAGGCUAUGCCCUUGGCUGAGAAGCGUCCCUACAUGCAGGAGGCUGAGCGCCUGAGGGUCCAGCACACCAUCGAUUAUCCCAACUACAAGUACAGGCCCCGACGGAGGAAGCAGCUGAGGAAGAGCCAUAAGACCCAGUCUGCAGAGGCCUCUCCACUCUGCAGCUCUGGCUUCAGCAUUCCCUACAACCUCACCUAUCUGCUCCAGAACCACCAGCACCACCACCAGCAGCAGCAGCAGCAGAUCUUCCAUAAUUCACCUCCUUUCCCUCAUUCAUCUCUCCAGUCUAGCAGAUACAUCAACCCAGCCGUCCCUGACUCUGAAGCAGCCACUGCAGCAGACAGUUUCUCCAGCGACCCUGCUGUGCGCUCAAACCCUCCCGGGUGCCAGCCGGAGCCUCAGGCGUACUUUAGCUCCCAGCAAAGACACAUGCAGCACGGGUUCUCCUCACCUACAGCUCCUCUCAUGGACCAGAGGGAGUCCAGGCUCCACGGGUUCCAGCAAUGCCCAGCAGGGCCGUCCUUGGAGUGUUACUUAGAACAGGUUCAGCUGGACAUGCUGUAUGAUUUAGACCGCAGCGAGUUUGAACAGUACCUUGUUCCAAAACACCACGGGUCAGAGCCAGCAGAGCAGAGCAGCUACAGAGGAGGAGGCUCUGUGUGAUAAAUCAGACCAAUGUGGUCUAUUUAUUUAAACUGUCCCACUUCAAUUGAUAAUAACUCAUGAAUGAUUGUAUGCUUGGUGAAACAUCUUAUUUCUCUGUGAUGAGUUUUUCUUUGUCUUCCAGUGUUAAAAUAUUAAAAUAAAAAAUCAAUAAAUAACUUUAAAUCAUCUCAUAAUUCUGUUGUUAAUGUUCUAAAACAAUUAAACAUCCCAAAGUGUUAAAUAAGUGGCUAAAACAGCGACAAAUGCCAAAAGAACUGUUUAGAAAAAGUAGACAGGACUACAUUU